UUCGGCGCGGAGUUUGAGUGUUCGCGCUCUGACCGACAAGGAGUACGUGCUGCUGGCCGGUAGAUGGCGCGCGUGGAGCAGUCACUCAGAAAGACAAACUUGACAGCGACAAAAACACGACAGCUGGCAACUUCUGAAGGGUUUGAGAUAUGUCAACACCCCUGCAAAUUUCUGGCCGUGCUUUGCACAGACACGUUCAAAAUGCGCUGUGUCUACUCUCCAGACCAAACAGUUCGGCUGCUCCGACUGCCCCCUCAUCCCCAUCAAAGAAAGACAAUACCCAACAGAAUAACAACGCUCAUAUCAAGCCUGUCUUCCACAACAGAAAUCCAAGGAACCUGGAGCUGUUAACGAUUGCAUCGAAACCAGAAGGCUAUCAUUUAGACUCUUUUGAAGUGUCCUACUGGCAUAAGCUGCUGGUCCGUCUGUCUUGGGGUAAAAUUUCAGCUGAAGUAGUUCACAAUAACGGCACAACUGUAGUAAGUGCAUCAUCAGGAGAGUUUGGAAUUGAAAAGCUCCUGUACAGAACAGCAGAUUCGUCUGCAUACAAAACAAUUGGGAAAGUUAUUGCCCGGAGAUGCCUUGAAAGUGGUAUUAGUACAGUUUUUUGUGAUUAUAAGCCUGAAGAAGGGACCAAGAUGGAUUUGUUACUUAAAGAAGCACAGAAUGGUGGCUUGUCAUUAGAGGAGGCACCUGUCUAUGUUCCUCCAUUGCCUCAGACUAAAGGAGUACCGACAAAACCAUGGGAUAUUAUUUCAUAAUCUAAUUUAAUGUUUCUUGUUUUAUCUUGUUUGUCCAAUACAUAGUUGCUUGGAUGACAUUGUUUUUGACACCUGAUGUUGAUGUUUUGAAGUCAAAGCAGUCAUUAAAUGUAUUACCACCAAA